AUGUACUCUCCUCCCUAUUCGAUCGGCGGCCACCGCAGUAUCUCCCACGAGAACCGUUCUGUUUCCCGCGAGAAUCGUUCCGUCGCCCGCCAAAUCACCCGCCAACUCUCACAAGACAGAACUCCUCGCAACAUGUCCCACGGCACCUCCCACAGAAGCUCCUCCCAGUCCUACGGCAACUCCAAAGAUGCUUCGCGCAGCGACCCCCGCAGGCGAUCCCAUAGCAUCUCCCACCAGGUCUCCCGCACAAUUUCUCAUGAUCCUACCUGCGACAUCUGCAACGACGCCACGUCUUGCCACAAGUGCAGACAAGGCUCCGUUGGCACUUCUCACAGCUCCUCCAGCGAUGUCUCCCGAACCUUCUCCCACACCAUACCGCAGAGCACCUCCUACACCACCUACAGCGGCGGUGACUCACGCAUCGGCUCGGGCGACUUUUCCAAGAGCUUCUCUCAGAGCCUUCUCUAUGGCGGCUCUUCGCACAAGGACCAUGAAGGUCCCUCCAACGAUGCCUCGAACGCGAUGGCUGAGAGCUAUUCACGCGACUUCCCACAGAGCACCUCAUACGCCACUCGUGGAGGGAACUCCCAUCACGACUCAACCGACUUCUCCCAGGGUAGACGUCAUCUUAUGACGGUCAUGGAGAUGUUCCUAAGGCAUUGA